AUGGACUGGACUGAGGACGACACUGUAAGUUGGUAUUAUGGAUAUUUUUUCUGUUAUCUGAGUAUCUGGGCUGCUUUUGCGUCGUUUAGGAAUAUCGCUCAGUUUAUUCGCCUCCUAAUACACAUAUUUCAGCAGAGUCGUAGCAUAAACGAGCUAGCUUCGCUUUGUAAUUGUAGCUCGUCGGAGGGAACUUGUCCUCUCUGACAGACAGACAGACGGAUCAACCGUCAGUUUGUCUUCUCUAGGCGGUGUUGUUAGCUCACUACUGUCGUUACAGAGCGUAGAUACUCGUUAUUCUCUCUCUUUAACCUGUCCAGGUGAGAUUUAGCUGAUAGUCUUCAGUGACGUCCGCCUCACAGGAAACUGAUAGUCUGUGUUUGAUUGACACAACGGUUCACUGACAGCCAGCGCGGUUAACCGUUUCACUGCACUCCUCAUACCUGUUAUUUUAUCGAUCUGUUGUAAAGAAACCGUGGUCCUGUUUGGUAAAUCUGUUAUUUCCUCUCAUGGCUACAUGUGGUCGUCUAAAUCCACAUGUCAAAGAGCCCAUUCACAGCUAGACAGCGGUUACCUUUCUACCAUAUGUUUCUAAGUCAGCCCUCUGACAUCUAGACUGACAGUGAAAACAUCCAACUGAUUGAUCACACCAGGAGAGAACAGGAUGGUCGAUAUCAAAUAAGCUUAUAUUUUUACACUCAGUAAUCAUUAUUCCCUCUGUAAAUAGGGCUGGGCGAUAUAUUUUCUUUCAUAUCAGUCUAUAUCGAUAUAUAUCACGAUAUAAGAAACAGUGCUUAUUAUUAGCAUGUCUUUUGUAAUAAAAUAAGUUACAUCAUCUGUGAGGCCCUUGUGUCUCUUCAGCGUUUUGCACUAGAGAAAGCAGACUGAAUGGUCGGCUGUUUUGGCUGCACAGGUGCCAUGGCCUCCUUGCUAACCUUUUGUGUUGCGUGUGCUCUGCUGACAUCAUAGACGUAUAUAAAAAAGGGUAGAUGAAUCAAAGCGGAGUCACUCGCGUCCGUACACAGCGGCCAUCUUACUUCAGUAUGCCAUUCAGGUACAUUGUAUGGUAGCUAACGGAAGGUGAGUUAUUUGCAUGAUCAAAAAUACUCUGAACUCGCUAAAAUCUUGACAGAUUUACAAACAGUUUUGUUUAUUACAUACUUUAAUAACGUGGCUAUAAUAAUAAUAACUUUUGAAAGUCCAUGAUUAAAAUGAUUCUAACAACAUUUGAUUAAAAUUAAGCAAUUUAUGGUUAUUUAAAUGCCACAUGCACCGUAGACUGUAAUGAUAUGAGUGGGCGAGCUGCCUGAAGCAAGAUGGCCGCCAUGUUUAGACGUCGGUCUCCAUUGGCUAACAGCAUGCGUAAUCCAUCUAGCGUUUAUAUACAUAUAUCUCUAUGUGUGGCACUGCAUCAGGUGUUGAAAAAGAUUUGAGGAAUUCCACGACUUUACGAGAACAUGUACUCGACAUAAUUUGCAGUGCGCAUUACUCUGCCUCAUGUCUCAAAAAAAACCAAAAUACCUCCACACCACCGAUGUUUUCAUGUCCGACCUCAAAAACUCAAAAUACCUCCACAACAUGCAGUACACAUUACUCGGCUUCAUGUCUGACCUCAAAAACUCAAAAUACCUCCACACCACCGAUGUUUUCAUGUCCGUGUUGUUGUCGAUGUCAUCAUCUGUUGAGCCUUCAUCGUCAUUUCUGUCGGAGGUAGCACUCAUUGUCUUUUCUUCACCUACAGUGCUGUCAGCUUCACAUGUUAAAGUGCUAUGGUUGCGUGUAGCUGCAGCCUGCUACUACACAGUUGUUUGCUACUUGGUUCUUAUUCAGCACAUGAUUGGUUCAGCCUGGCGCGACCCGGAGCAAAUCCCCUUUUCAUUGUCUCUUCGUAUAGUUUACCAAAACAUGGCAGAAUACAAGCUAUUGAAAAGCAUAUUGACCAUGUUUUAUAUUGAUAUCGUUGAAAGUUAUUUUUUGAUAUAUAUCGUUAUCGUUUUAUCGCCCAGCCCUAAUUCCCACUAUAAACAACACCAAGCCCCUCUUAUACGAGAGCUUGCCUUUUACUCUUAUUGUUACAGUAUAUUUUCUUCUUGAAAUAGACAAAAAACUUCUUUUGGUAAUAGUAAAAUAUCUGAUUUCUGUUCCUGACUCUCAAUAAUACUCUUACUAGGUUUCAUAAAUUAUGCAUCACUUUAUUGUCUUUACUUAUGGGCAGAAAUGUUCAUAUCAGCUAAUCCUGAUGAUUCACUCUUGAGGCUUUUAACCUCAAGAGUUGAAACCGAAAUACUGUUAAUAGUAUUGUGCAUUUCUUCUGGUAAAAAGCAGUUAAUGCAACUCAUCCCACUUUACAAGAAAAAAAACCCAAUGAAUUCACACCCUGGUAGUUCAAUCCUGAUAGAAAGAAGCCUUCUUUUACGACAAAGUAUUAUGUUUUAACUCUUAAAAACAAUCUGUUUGUCACAGUCAUCUAGUUCCCCAAUAGACACAUACAAUUUUCUUCAAAAUAGAAUCAAUGAGUCGAUUAUCUGUGAAGAAACUUCCACCAUUAAAAUAUAGAUUAAUUUAAGAUGAUUAAAAAUAAACCAAACCAUUGCAUGUUGUUAUAAACAUUUAAACCCCACAUAUGCUUGAAAAUAGUGCAAAGAAAACAUUUUAAAUGCUCAAACGAAAAGGUAUUGUUUGAUUGAAAAGAAAUCCAAAUUAGAUGCUGACAACCUGUCUUAGAUAAAUUGGGACAAGGAGAACAAAACAUUGCAAAAUUUAUGCAAUGCUUUAAACAAUAACUGGAGGAACAGCUCUAAAAUUUGUAAGUUAAUUUGCAACUGGUUUGUAACAUGACUGGGUGUAAGAAAUCCAAUCCAAAGGAAUCGUAGGUUUCAUCAUCUACAGUAGGUAACUUAUUAAAGGAUCAGGAAGAUAUGGAGAAAUCUGUUCAUAGGGUACAGGACAGAUAACUAGUACUGAAUGACUGAUCUUGGGGCCUUCAGACAGCAUGGCAUCAGAGACAGACAUGACUCUUCGGCGGAAAUCUUCACAUUGGCUCAAAAAUCUGUUCAAAAACCACAGUCUGUGAGCACAGUUUGUUGCUGCAGUGAUAUGAAAACCACAAAAACAUGAUCCAGUAACGCCAGCAACUUCUCGGGGCCUGUUUAAGGUCGUUAUUAUUGACAGGGUUCAACUUCCACAUCAAGGAAGGCAUCUAGACAAGGAGAGGCCUUACACACUUCAGGAAGACAAUGCUAUACCACUCUCUGUGUGUAUUACAACAGCAUGGCUCUGUAGUAGACAAGCCCAGGUGCUAAACUAACCUGCCUGCAGUCUCAACGUGUCACCCAAUGAAACAGCUCAUUGAUUGUCAUGGUGUGGACUUUGGAAUCUGCCAAUCCCUCUGAAUUGACUGAAUUGAUCGGUUGAAAUGAUUGUUAGCCUGACAUCAGGAGCGUGUAUAAAGAUAUUACUACACAAAAAUGAUCAGUUUUUGCUUUUAAACCAACAAAGGCUAAUUUUACAGUAUUAACUUACAGUAUUAUACGUUGUUAUGUCUUCCUACUGAAAAAUCCCAGUGUUCUGCGAGUGUUUGCUCAGGUUUAAAGUGCUAAUUAUUCCCCUCAUUAUCACACUUAGAAACUACAAUCCUCAUUAGAGCAGUGGGAUUAACUGAGUGAGAAAGGGAUUAAAAUUGGAGACUUGACCUUUGUUGAACUCUGCCGUUGUUCUGCUGGAGAACAGUUAGUGGACUCUGUACCAGCUACAAGAGGAUAAAAACCAGACCCAACUUUAAGUAAUUCAGUGAGUCUAUCAGCCAAGUUUGGAUGUCUGUCUUAUGUCAAGUCCUUUGUGGGGAUGAAGAUCAUUAAAACGAGACAGAACAGAGCACUUUAGAUCUGUGAAGAUAAAAUACAACAGAGGUUUUUGGCUGUGCUUGGUACAUUGAUGUUUUGAGUCCAUUUUCGUGGUUUUAAACCCUGAUGUGUCUCCCAAAUUGAAAAUUCCUCCCCCCAAAGAAAAAUCAUCAUUCUCCCAAAUCAUAAAAACAGCUUUCAUCCCUUAAAUCCUCAGGGGUCUGAUAAUCUCAAGUAAAUCAGUCAAGCUCUGUGAAAGCUAAGCUAACCGCAUUCAAUCAUAUCUAUGUGUUUUUUUGUGUGUGUUUGUGUGUUGCAGGGUCACAGCCACAUGCAUGACGGCUGUCACCACGGACAUGGGGGGCACUCGCACAGUCACGGGCCAAGAGCGGCCCACCCUUUCAUGACAGGCUUUCACGGACAGUUUGGCAAGAGCUCGGAACAGACGCUGAACCUCAGCCAGCAGCCGAAGAAACGCUCACACAUGGACGACAGCAGCACCUGGGACAUCGUGAAAGCGUCACAGUAAGCGACGAAGCGUUUCAUGUUUAGUGAUCCCACAGUUUGGUAAAUGCGCAGGAAGCCAUUAUGGUCUUUGUUUACCGCAACUUUCAUUUUCCGACAUCUGGGAACACGUAGACAGAAGUACAACAGAGCUAAAAUCCAAAGCAGUGAGACAAUGGCACAGGCAUUAAAGAGUUGAGCUGGAUUAGGUGAAAGCUUCUUUUGUGUUAUUUUGCUCUUUUUUGGAGGUUAAAGUCCGCGCUUGUGCAAUGAGAAAUGUGUAUUUGCUGGGAUGAACCAUUUAACCACAUAGAGUAGGCAAGGUCAGAUGGAGUCUCUGGGGUUGUACGACUGUUCACAUGUUGACAACAGACUGUAUCAGUCAUAAUUCUGACAUCAGUCUUUGUUUUUCUGUAAAGUCAAACACGUUUUGCUGAACUUUUAGUUUGUUGACAGUUUGUCUAACUGUCCAGGAGUAAAAUUUUCCAUUCGUUUUACUCUGAAAAAUUAAUAUUUCAGAUGUUUUCAUUACCAAACUAGAAUUUUAAUGGCGUCUUCUUUUACUCCCUGAAUGUGAAAAAAAAACAUACAAUGACAAAUGGAAUGAGGCAAAACAAGUUAUUCGCCCCCUGUGAGCUCACUUCCAAGAGUCACACACUUCUCAUUGAUAAAACGCACAACCAAACUCAUCGAAGGCUGCAUGAUCAACAUUCCUUUCAGCUCUCUGAAGCUCUUUUGACCUGCACAGGUGCACAUACCUGGGGUUUAUCGUUACACAGUGGAAGCAUGUGCACGAACCCAGGCUUUCCCAAUGUAUGUGUACCGUAUUUUUCGCACUAUAAGGCGCACCUGAUUAUAAGGUGCACCAUCAAUGAAUGCGUCUAUUUUCAUACAUAAGGCUCACCGGAUUAUCAAGCGCAUUAAGCCAAGCAAAACAGUCAGAUAGGUCAAACUUUAUUGAACUCAUUCAAUAACUCCGCAAGGCUACGGUAGCUGCAGUGCUCUUACAAGCCAAAAGUAUUUUAAGUGCGCCUUAUAGUGCGAAAAAUACGGUAGUCAUCAUAUCUUCAGCAGUAUUUAGCGCUGCUGCAUCAGUCACAGCAGAGUGUCUUGUGCAGGACAACAGGGAGAAUGAGUUUGCGAAUGUUGGCUGCUUUCUUAGCGGGCUGUGGAGGACUUGAGGAUCUCGUAGUGAGGCAACAUUCCUCAGUCAGCUGCUGAAGGACUUGAGGAGAAGUGAGCGUGGAUUGUUGUACCUUCACUGAGCUUUUUGAAACGAUGGCUCAGGUGACAAAAUGCAAAGGUAGGAAAAACGUUUGCAACACCACUUUGUUGCUCCAAUGACAUGAUGUUUUGAGCUCGCAGGGAGAGGAAGAGCCUGCGUGCUCGAAACGUCGUGUAAGUUUAAUAAUUCUUUUAGCAUUGGAGCUCCCUCUAGUGUUGCAGACUUUUUUCCUACCUUCGUUUCACGUUUUUUGGUCCAGCACCCACCCAACUUUGGGCUGCAAGGAUGUGUGUGUUUUUUUUUUGUUUUUUUUUCAGUUGACAAAAUAAUCAUCAGUUUGAUAAAUAAAGGUUUUUUACUCGUCUUAUUGCAUGAAAUAAUCAAUAACUGGAUAGAAAUGCCUGAAUCUACAAUCAUAGAUUGCGCAACCUCACUUGCACUCUGACAGUUGUUAAGUCACCCAUGUUUCCUCUUUUUCUAAGGUGACAGACCGUUCCUUUAUAACUUCCUCUCCAUAGUUUGUGUUAGAAUUCAUCAAAUAGAUGUUCUUUAAGUUCCUAAACGUGAAGAAACUUUUGCUUUUGAGGCUUUUACUCCAAAUAUUACAAGAGAGCAGAGCACAGACUUUUCCCAUCGCUAUUAAGCAUAUCUGUCGGUUCAUGUUUUAAGUUUUAGUUUCUGUUUUCAUUUCAGGGGAAAAAAGCUCUUCCACUCUGUGAGCAAAAGCUGUUGUUGCAUAAUUGUCUCAAACAUUUUUUCCCUCCAACUGGAAUUUCUGAUUCUGACAAGCUCUUGAUCAAUGUUUUUAUUCAGGAGCUGCUCAACAAAACUUGAAGGGUGUAUUCAGCAGACCCUUCAGACCCUCUGUGUUUAAUCAUGAGGGUUAUUUUUAUAAAUAAAGUCAGCAGUAUCGGAAAAAUAAUACUGCAUCUGACUUGCAGCCAGCUGAGAAGAGCGACAGAGACAGUGGACUUCUUUUUCUGCAAUAUCUUUUACUUGCAAGGAGCCGGCAGCUUACAACAAAGGCAGCUUCCUCUGACUGAGGGAUUCAGAUUUUUACACAUCCAGUCAAGAAACAGACACCCCCGCCCACUAAACAUCAUCUCACAAGUGGCAUGACAUAGCAACAGUAUUCAAAUAGGGUACAGGUUGCCGCUGUGGUCUGUACUGGGAGAACAAAGACAGCUUAGUUCAUCAUCAGGUUCCUGCUUAUCAGUUGAAUGUCACACUGCUGGGAAAACAACCUGUGAGUGAAACUGUAGCAUCUAUCUAGCUGCAUGGCUUCAGUGGAAAAGUAUCAGCCCCAACUCCAAGGCCAUACUUCUCCUUUCCCAUGAUCAUUAAAAAGAAACAUACGAUUAAGAUUAACAUACUUAUAUAAUGAUAAAAUACAUGUGAUAUCAGACACAUGCAAGUUUUCUUUCAAGAAGUGUGCACAGUAGCUCACGGGAUUGUUUCUCUUUUACUGCCUGAUCAGUUGAGAUGAAUUGAGGUGCAGCAGAGCAAAGGUCACUUUUCUUGUAGGACUGGAAAAAAAAAGAAAAGCCACUCCUCCGCGUCUCCACAUAUGACCAUUUAUCACUACAAACACAACAGUCUGGGACUAACUUAAACACACUGACUUCUCGACCACUCUAUCUCUCACUUCUUGUCUUUUCAUGUCAUUGUCAUCGUAACUGAUACAUGUAUAAAUGGAUUUCUUUCUCUGUGUGCUUCUCUCAGGUUUGGUAUCUUGGAGCGCUGUAAGGAGCUGGUUGAAGCAGGAUAUGACGUCAGACAGCCGGACAAAGAGAAUGUCACUCUGCUGCACUGGGCGGCGAUCAACAACCGCUUAGAACUGGUCAAGUACGAGCCGCAAAUAUUUACCUCAUUCCUACAGACUCACUGCGGAGAUAUCUGCUCAUAAACAUUUCACUGCACGACACUCAGCAGAGAACAUUUGAGUGAGGACAUGAGUGGAUUUUGAAAUUUUGUAAGAAUCUGUUGUAGGGGUAUCCCGAUACAACUUUUUUACCUACGGAACGAUACAGAUUUUGUAGUUUUCAAUAUUGGCUGAUACCGAUAUUGUGCAUGACAAGUUUUUCACUCAGCUGCAACAUUUUUUUUCAGACUUUUAUGAAAAAUACUGCCACAGGGCCGACAUCACUCCUACUCUUUACUACUUUGUUGUACCUUAGUACACACUGUUGUGAUUUUGUGGGCUCUCCAUGCUGGAUCAGGGUGCUGCUGGAUAGAGGUGCCGGAGCGGAGUCUGGAAUGCACUGCUUUUAUCGGAGUGCUGAUAUUGGAGAUUUUAGAUGCAUGAUAUUCGAUUUUUUUGCUGACAUUGGACAGAUAUUUGUUGGUUUUUUUGCUCUUUUUUAAACUUAAUACUGAAAAAAAAACUGAAGGGAUUAUCCUAAUUAAAACCAAUUUGAUAAUUUUGGUUUUAAAUUCAAGAGAACCAUGUCAUUUCUCAACAUAGAGGCCCUUCUAGUCCCAGCAAAUGAUAGAAGUGGGAUUUCAGAGGAGAGUCAGAGGAGGACACUCAGUGUGUCUGUUUCACAUCCUCAGGCAGGGAGUUCCUCAGCUGUGGAGCGUGAACUGCAAAUGCUCAGUCACCUCCUGUGACCGGUGGAGAUUCAGGAACCUCAGGCUGCAGUCAUGAUGCACAUGGGGAGUGAGCUGCUCACAGAUGUCGACUGGAGUCAUUCAAGGCUUCAAAAAUAAGCAGCUAAAUCUGAAAAUCUAAAACUCACAGUCAGCCAGUGAAGGGGAGAGAGGACUGGUGUUAUUUAGUCGUCUCUCGCUGUGUGGAAAAAGCCUGGCAGCAGCAUUUUGAUUUAAUCGCUUGACUCGAAGAAAACUUUCAGAGGAGAAACUCAAACAGCUGAACUACAAACAGAAAACUAACAUCAAAUGAUCUGACUGGACUGUCUCAUCAUCUCUGUUUCUCUCCCUGCUCUUCUCUGACAGGUAUUAUAUUUCUAAAGGGGCGAUAGUGGACCAGCUCGGGGGAGAUCUGAACUCUACUCCUCUUCACUGGGCAAUAAGGUGAAUGAAUGGACCAUGGGGGUCUCUUUAUUGGGUUUGGUCUGUUGUUUUUUCAUGCAGAUUUAUUGUCUGAAUAAAUUCAUUCAUCAACCAGCUGAAUAUGACAUUCAGUUUAGUGGGUAUUUUUUGACAACACUUGAGACAAUUAUUCAUAAUGUUGCCAACACUUGUAGGUGCUGAUUUUAUUAUUAUAACCCAUGUUUGAUUGGUAAUUUGGACAGAAACACACAUUUAAACUCGUCACAACCAUCAGUUUCAUAAGUAAACAUCAGAUGGAUUCCCAGGACUUCAUCGUUUUAUCUCUGUUUGGAUUUGGAUCUGUAUCUGGAUUUGAAACGUACUUUGCCAAAUGCUCCUACUUGAAAGCUGUCCUUGGCUUUUUGUCAAUGAUGAGGCAGGGCCACCUCCCCACGGUGAUCCAGCUGAUGAGAUACGGAGCAGAUCCCUCCGUCGCAGACGGAGAAGGUUACCGAGCUCUCCACCUCGCCAUCCUCUUCCAGCACAUGGCUAUAGCUGCUUACCUCAUGGCAAAGGGACAGGUAAGAAUAUACAGAAACUCUUUUUUAACAGUCUACUUGAAGAGGUCCUUUCAUUGUCUUUUCUUCUCUGACUUCAUCUUUUUGGGUGGUGAUAAUCUCUCCUCCAGGAAGUUGAUGGUCCUGACUGCAACGGGCAAACACCACUAAUGUUAGCGGCUCAGAAGAUUAUCGGGUAAGAGCCCAGGACUCUUCCACAGAUGAGUUAUGAACGACAGCGGUUCAAAAACAUGUUUAAAACUAAUAUUUUUCAUGGGAUCAGAGAGAUGUUUGGAAAAAGAUGUUUAUUCUGUGUGUAAAAAUAAGGCGCCAACCUUUCUGUGAAGUUUAUGAAAAACAAGUAUUUCCUCAGAUUAAAGAGCAGAAAUCUCUGUUAGUGAAAACCACUGAGAAUGACACUCUUGUCAAAAGUGUUUAAGCCCAUUAAGGAGUAAAAGUGCGUUUUCGUCUGUUUCAGGCCUGAACCCACGAACUUCCUCAUCAAGAAUAACGCCUCUGUGAGCGCCGUGGACAAAGUGAACAGGAACACUCCGCUGCACUGCGCCGUGCUGGCAGGAAACGUAGACGCAGCCCACAUCCUGCUGGAGGCCGGGGCCAGCGUGGACGCAGAAAACAUCAACGUAAGCUUCGAAAAAAAAACACCAAAUCAGUAGACGUGAAAGUUUAAGAUUCAGUCAGCUGUGAGAAACACAACAUACACACACACACACACCUCCAGUCAACCUGAACAGUGUUGUGUGUUUUCUUCAGCGCUACAUGAUCUAAAAAUAUCUGGAUUAUUAACCAUGUGACCACCUGACAUCCUCAUGAGCUCUUAAUUGCAAAAGGAUUCAUCUUAAGAGAAUGUGCCUUGACUUUGACAUUUUCUAUUGCGGUGACAGUUUUCUCUCCUCACUCUAACACGCACUAAUCUUAUUAAUAUUCAAGUCUCGUUAUGUUGAAGGAUGUUAAUUCGAAGUUUGACACCCACUCAAACGGUUUAUUUUCACACCUGCCUGAGGUUUUCAGCUCUGCUCACAGCUCAGUUCAACAGAUAUCACAGCUCCUGUAGAGCCAGUGGUAGUUUUAACCUCUGUGUGAGAUUGAAACCUUGAAUACUCACAUACAUACAGAUUCAAUUAAAAAGGAGUAAAGUCAAUUCUUUCACAGCAGUGUUUCCUAACAUGUUAUUUAGUUUCUAAACUAUAGCAGGAAUGUAUUUGAGAUGCUAUAGCAGGUGGAAUCUCAGAGUUUUGCUUCAAAUACAUAAACAGAGUAACCAGUCAGCUCACGUCUCUGCCAUGUUUGAUGCAGCACGGUUAUAAACACUCAUAUAAACCUCACAUUUAAAGCUGAAUCAACCAUAAUAUAUUUCUUUAUCUGGUCUUCCUCUUUAGGGUCAUACUCCCAUUGACUUGGCUCACCAGGUGCACAGCCCGCUGCUCAUCCACAUGCUCAACCACGUCAAACAGGAGAGGAUCCGCACCAACACACGCUGCCUACGACUCCUCAACAGAUACAGGGUACACACAAGCUGAAGAUACACGAGAAAUAUAAAACAAACUCUCAUGUCGUCUCUCUGACUCCAUCCUGUCUCUGUUCCAGGUUUUUCUACAGUUUUUGCUCUGCACUGCCUUCUUUGGAAGUGCGGGCGCCAUUGUCGACAUGAACUCAGAGUCCUGGCUGCUUAAAGGGAUCCUGCUUGCCUGUGUGAUAGGUGUGGUCAAUCUGGCCUUAAGGUGAGGACAUACCUUCACUAGUUAGAUGUUAAUGUAGAAAGAGUGAAUAAAAUAACACACUUCACCUCACCUCUACUCUCCAUUGGCAUGUUGUCAGUUAAAGGUGGGGUAGUUAGGAUCUGAGGAAGUGCCAGUUUUUGGGAGAAAUCUUGAAUGUAAACUCUACCCCUCCUAACCGGUUUUCCCCUCAGCUCCUCCUCUCCCCUUCCUCUCUGCUCCAGAAAGCCCCGCCCACAAACAGACACUCCUGCUCACUCGUAUCAUUCCAAUUAAAUUCAGCUAUAAUGCAGAUAAAUACUUCAGAUAAUUGAGUGGGAUUGCGAAGCAUUCCCACUAUAUGUUAUUCAUAUCUUUAUUAUUAUUAUUAUUGAGUGGGAUUGCGAAGCAUUCCCACUAUAUGUUAUUCAUAUCUUUAUUAUUAUUAUUAUUCUUCCACCGUUUUUUGACACGCUACUCCUUCCACAUACUUCAACGUAUUCAAACCAUUCAAACUUCAAAAGAUUCAUCUCAUUCAGGAGAUUCCGGCUUGUAUUAAAAUAUUUCCUAACAUUCAUACUUUCCUAGAUAUUCCAGGUUUUCCGACCGAUUUCUCCCAUUAGAAAUGCAUUACGGAAUGUUCAAAUUGGCUUCAAACUUCAAAAGCCUUCAACUCCGCUAUACUUCCACGUAGAAACUUCAUUCAAAAACUAAAAUAUUCACAAAUUCGUCAGCAUUAUUCCACAUCUUCAACAUUUUUAAUCCCAUUUGUACUUUUCAAAAUAUUAAGAUUAGUUUAAAACUUCGUUAUAAUGGGAUUCAAUGGGAAAAGGCUUUCAGACGUAGUCAACUUCAACCUCUUCUCAUUCAUUCAUACUUUCACCUAGAAACUUCAUUCAAACUUUAAAAUAUUCACACAUCUUCAGACAUUCACUCAUUCAUUCACCAUCUUCAUGGCAUUCAUACUUUUCUCACAGUGACAGUUCAAAAAUUCACAUGAUUUUCUGACCUGUCCAGGUUUUAACAUUAGUGUGUAUUGCACGGAAUGUUGGCCGCUAGAGUGGGUGACCUCACAGCUAGAGUGAGACAGGCUGAAAAUUGAUCCUCAAAACUUUGUCUUUACAAAAGGAUUGUGGCAACUCACUUCGCUCUACACAGAUAAAAUUUGGUACAGUGAUGGCAAAACUCGCUGUCACUAUUCAUCUCAAAAAUCAAAGCCAUAGGACACACACAGUGGCCUGGGCAGACACCAACUGCCGCAGACAUCCCCCAGAUUUCUCCAGCUUUCUCCAUUGACUCCAAUGUAAACCUGAGAGGAGGAUUUUCAGAGGAAACACAAACUGGACAUGUUUUUAACUUGUCGUAGUGAAGGCAUUUCUGGCUCCACAAACACAGAAGUUGUAUCAACGUGUUCAGCCGGGCCUUGUGGUUGUCACAAGCUCCUGAUCAUGAAGAUAGCAGUUACAGAGGAUGAGAAAUAUGACGUUGUUUGGGCAUCACGUUCUCAGCCUCAAGCCUCCUUUCUCCUGCUGUUGCUAAGCAUCUAUUGUCACCAUGGCAACCAAUAAGAGCACCUGGAGACACACAGCUGGCUGGUAAGCUACUUCUAACAGCCAUAUGAGACACAUGAAGCCAGGCUCAGUACACAGAGUACUGGGGGUUACAUUUAAAACCCUUCAGUAGAGUUAUUUGACGAACUUUGUCAGCUAUCUCUUCGCACAAACCUUGAGCUACAGAAACCAUCCAGGGCUUAAUAAAUUCAGCUCACUGAGGACAUUAUGGGGUCUAAUCAGGAUUUUUUUUCAUUUACAUUGUCCCCAUUUUUCAAUCAUUCAUUGAAAAUGCAUUAUUUAACUCUUCAAACUAAUUUAAACUCCUUCAAACUGAUUUAUACCGUUUUGAUUCUUCAAACCUCUUUUCCUUCCAGACUUGUAACCUUUUUAUUUUCCAGUUUUAAAUCAUUUUUUCCUUUAGUGCAUUUUUCGGUUCUUUCCAACAAAUUCCAACUCAUUUGAACUGAUUCAAACCUUAUUGAUUCUUCAAGCCUUUCCCAUGCUUCAGGGUUUUCAAUCAUUUUAAUUUUCAAACGUUGAAUUUUUAAAAUUAUUAUUCAUGCAUUAUUCAAUUUAUUCAAUUGAGUUUAUUCAAAUUGAUUAAAAUCUUCCUGAUACUUCAUACCUUUUGACUUUUCACAUAUUUUUAAAAAUCAGCAACAACUCAUUUGAACUUGAACUUCUUUCUUUUGCUGUAAUGAUGUAUUUACCUUCAGCAUGGCAACCAAUUAGUGCACCUGGAGAAACAAAGCUGACUGGGAUGUGUCAUUCAUUCAUUCACUCUUUCAAAUAAGUAAAUUAAAACUCCAGAAUUUCAUUUUCUUUCUUUAUUGACAUUGAAUCAGAAAAAAAAUCUGGGGUAUAUGGCACCAUCAGCCUUUCGACCCUCCAAGCAUGUCAGGAAAAACUCCCCCAAAAAAGCUUUCUCAGGAUAAGAGGAAGAAACCUUUAGGUAGGCCAGGUCUUAGAGGGAUCCCCUACCAGGACGGCUGAGCAUGCAGUAUUUUAGAGUUCUAAGCUCAGCAGAGAUCACAUGGCUCCAGGGUCACAUGGUUGCUGGGUUUGGCUCUGUGGCUCAUGUCGAGCUGGUUCUGUGAUGAGUUGAGAGGAAAAGACAACAGUUUACACUGGUGUUACAGACGACAAACUGAAAUCCUACACAGCUGGUUGUAGUGUGGAAAAGUCAAAGAUUUUGAAGAUGAAACAUACUUGGUGAAGUUCAGAGCUGUUGCUCCCCAGGUCAGAACCCUUCUCUGCUGUAGACUCGGUGCUUGGUUCUAAGAAGCCACAGUCACAAGAUCUGCAGGACUUUUCUAGUUCUUCAGCUCAUGUCGACUUCUGUGAUGUACAGAGAGGAGAGAAGGUUGUCACAUCAGAUGAACACAAAGAAAUAAUAUGACUGCUGAAGACAAGUACAUACCCGUUAGAGGUCCAGCAUUGUGUGAGCAACAACUUGUCCAAUCCUGGAUCAGAAGUUCUCUCCGCUAAUUGGUCACACACGGAGAGGGUUUGGUUUCCUGUACAGCACUGGCAGACAAAACUUUACAUUUAUUAUCAAUACCUUUAAACUUUUCUAGCAAAUGUCACAAAACUCUUCGUGAUCAAUAAACUGUUCAGUCCACUCACAACAUGCUUGAGUCCUGUUCAAGAUCAGUGGUGGCACCUCUUCUCAGGAUAAUGUUGCAUACGCGGCAUGUCCAACUUCACCUCUCUCUGUAGCACUGAACAGGAGAGAGAAAAAACAGAUGAAAUCUUACAGAUUGAUUUGAAUACACCAGAAAACAGACAUUGUAACAACAUUUAAGUCAACUUACAAUGUGUAUGGGUCCUCCUCAAGUUCAAAGACACAGCUGUCUAGCUGCAGUACUCUGGAACUGUUGCUCAGGCGCUGCUCUGCCAGUGUGGGGCUGCCACUGUGACACUCUACCAGACAAAAAGAACUUCUUCAAAAUGCCAUGGAGCAUCAUUGAGAAAUUAUUGGCAGCCUUAGAUUAAAAGGAAUAAACUGUACUGUCACUCACCAUGCACAUGUUCAGGGAAUUUACAGGUAGAAUUGUUUCUUCUCACUGUGACACUUGCAGCUCCUACCCGUAAAUUUACACGGCUGUGAAAGACUUGGUGACGAACUUCUCAGCCCAGGAAGGUGUGAAUACAACCAAGUGUCAGACAGAGGGUUCACCAAUGGAUGUUCUUUUGAGAGAGGCUCAUCCUUAUCUCCUUUGGUAGACCACCAGAAACAAACACAAACAGUAAAAGGCAACAAACUCAGAGUGCAAAUGUCUUGAUAUCAAAAUCAUAGGCUGACCUGAUGCUCUCUUAGGAUGAAAUGUGUCUUCCCCUCUCCAAGGUAGGCCCUUGGGACACACUGAGCACAGAGCUGGAGUUCUAGUGUCAUCACCCCACAUCUUUGGUGUCUGGAGGGCGCAGGUGCCUAAACCCAAACAAAUGAACAGAGAGAUUCAGACAAACAAAUCCAGUAAAACAACGUGUAUUUUCACAUUUAAAAUGGAGCAGUCCUGCAGCUAGUAUAUAUGAAAGCUCAAUAUUGUUCUUACCUUACGCCCACACCAAGUCGUUCAAGAGAAAUGAGGAGCAGUAAUGCAUCCUCAGACCUUCCUGCCACUACUCAAAGUAAAUGGCAGGACAUAAUGGGCAACUCUAAUACAGCGUAAAGUAACGACUUGCAGAAAUGUAUUUCUAUAUAAUUUGGUAUAGGAGGGGGUCGUCGGUCCAUCCCUCCCUCCCAGCCUUUUAAAAGCUAUAGCAGCCAGAGCAGGUGUUACAACCUGGCUGCUAAGGACGACCCCCUCAUCUUAAAAUAUAAUUUGUUUAUAAUAUUUCAUUAGUUCAUAAUAGUUUCAGUGGCAGUUUUUAUUUCUUUUAAAUUAGCUUGUUUUUAAUUUGUCUCACUGUAUAUUUUGAAAUGUAUUUCUAUAUAAUUUGGUAUAGGAGGGGGUCGUCGGUCCAUCCCUCCCUCCCAGCCUUUUAAAAGCUAUAGCAGCCAGAGCAGGUGUUACAACCUGGCUGCUAAGGACGACCCCCUCAUCUUAAAAUAUAAUUUGUUUAUAAUAUUUCAUUAGUUCAUAAUAGUUUCAGUGGCAGUUUUUAUUUCUUUUAAAUUAGCUUGUUUUUAAUUUGUCUCACUGUAUAUUUUAAUUUUUUUUUUUAAAUGCUACUAAUAAUGUACUGACCUUUGCAUCAUUUUACUUCACUGUAUUUUUCAGAAAUUUAUUAAAGUUUUAUAUAUUGUCUUUAAUCUCACAUUGUACAGUGACUAGAAAGUAUUUGCAGGUAUGUUUUUCUUUGGUAUAGGAGGGCCGUCUGACCAUCCCUCCCUCCCAGCCUUUUAAAAGCUAGAGCAGCCAGAGCAGGUGUUACAGCCUGGCUGCUGAGGACGACCCCCCCAUCUUAAAAUAUACUAUGUUUACAACGUUUCGUUAGGUGAUCGAAUAGGAAACCAAUAAUUAAAACUCUUCUCUUAAAUCGCAACGUGUAAACCGACAGUUAUGGACACAAUAAUUUUUUUUUCCCUUAACUUUGCACCAAGUUCUCAAUUUUAAACCAGCCAGUUCUUUUUAGGGUGUUUCUAAAGUGAGCACGCAGUAGACAGGGUGGUGGUAACUGUAGUAUGUCCGCAGCACGCCAGAAUGGAUACAGGACUGCGGGCAAGAGAUGAAAAUGGGGUCAAGCAGCGUGUUCUUCUCUGUGGUUGCAGCAGUUAUGAGUUGUUCAUAACCUUUGGACUGAAACAGUUCAAGAAUAGGCUUCCUUGCUCUGGACAGCAAAUCUUCAUUAAAAUCUCCACAGACUAAGAUGGGAUGAUGAUCCAUGACUUCCAGUGAAUCCAAGAGACUUCUGAGGUUGGAUAUGAAUGAGUGAACAUCGUAGUCAGGAGGCCUGUAGACGGCAGCAAUUAGAGCCCUGAAAGGAGCUUCAAGUUUGAUGACACUGAACUCAAUAUCAGUGGCAUUUUGAAUGAAAUGUCUCUCAAGGACUCUGAUGUGUUCUUUCACAUAGAUGGCAACUCCGCCACCGUUUUUAGUGGCCAUGGCAGGAUGGUUUGAAUAAGACACGUUUCUGUUACGUUUGAACAUGUUGUAGCCUUCAAGGUGGAGACUCUCAGCAACAAAGGAUCCUCGCAGAUGAGUUUCAGUGAGACAGAGCACGUCUGCAAGAUGUAGUUCAUGGUGACUUUUGAUGUCGGUGAUAUGAGCUGGUAGUCCUUCUGUGUUGUGAUGAAUGACAGUGAGAGUGUCUGGCCUGCUCAAUGUUUCUGGGAUCUUGAGGAGAGGCAUGACAUGUUCAAGUGAAGCUUUAGACAUGUUUUCAAGAGCUACAGUGAUUUCAGGGUUGCAAUAGAUUUUCCUCUCAUCCAUGUCUAGAAUGUGGAGUCCACUCAGAGAGGUCACUCUGCUCAGAGCAACGUAGGCCAUGCCGGGUUCAAAGAUGUGUUUCAGUGAGACCACGGCCGAGGAAGUUGUCAUCCCUUGAACUUUGUGUAUUGUACACGCAAAAGCGAGCUUGAUGGGAAACUGUCUUCUGACAACUCCCGUCUGUUUAAGGUUCUCCUCGUCUCUGUCAAUGUACACGAUGUUUUCAUCCACAUCUGCUUCGCUGGCUGCUGCACUUUGACUGUUCAGUUUCAGUCCGAGUUUUUCAACAUGCGGAUUUCCUGCUUUAGUCACUACUUUUGCAAUGCGUGCAAAUGUUCCAUUGCAGAGACCUGACUGCACACUUAUAUUUCUGGUGAUCAUGACAUUAGCGCCGAUGGCCAAUUUUAUCGAGUCAGGCAACUCCUUUUUGUUUCCUUGGAAAGGUACACUUUGUCUCGUCAUUCUCCCGGUGGUUGGAUCUUUUUUGUAGUCAUCUGCAUCUAUUGUGGUGACGUCGGAGUGAAACAUGUCCAAGGUUUUUGAGUUGUGUUCCUCAACCUGUUUGUUUGUCGCAAAAACAUGCAGUACGUCUUUUGGACAUUGAGCCGGGUCAGCUAAGGCCUGUGAAAGCAGAACUCUGUCUUCAUGAGACAAAGACACUGUCUUUUCUUUGGCACGGAUUCGAUUCAGCGUCUCAGCAAAAGUGACAUCAUCUUUCUGACGUAUGAUUUCGGUCAGUGUGACCAUCUGAAAGUUGUCACGCCAGAGGUCGAUCUGAGUCGGGUCGAACACACACAGAGGUUUCGACUGUCUGACAGGUGGUAGCUGGUAGAAAUCUCCAACAGUGAGAACUGACAUUCCACCAAAAGGUCUCUGACUUCCUUUGAUUUGUUUCAGUCUCGCAUCCACGUAGGCAAAGAGCUGUUUGGAGACCAUGGAGACUUCAUCAAUAAUGAGUAUCUCUGCAUUUGAAAGCUCUGCCCUGACUUCAUCAAGUUUGUUACCAAGACCUUGGAAAGGAGGCUUGAGACUUCUGGGCAGCUUCAAGAGACAAUGCAAUGUUGUACCUGAAAUGUUGAAUGCUGCAGUACCAGUGAAUGCAGUCAAGAGAACAGUAGGUUUAGAGAUGUCUGCUUCCUCUGCAUUUCUUGGAAGUCUUCUGAGUAUUUUAGAUGCCUCUGCAUGGAUGCAUUUGAUUAGAUGAGACUUACCUGUUCCGGCACCACCAUUAAUGUACAAGAAGAACUGCUCUGGUUUUGAACCACAAACACAUUUCAAGCACCAUUCCCGAAUGGUGUGGAAAACUGAAGCUUGCGUUUGGUUCAAGUUCUGGUACAUCUCACGCAGCACCACAGGAUCAAUUUCAGGGGCUUCGAUCGUGACUGCAGAUUCUUGCCUCACGUCUGACCUCACAUUAUAGUCUGGAACAUUCUCCUGCACGUCCUCAUCAGCUUCUCUUUCAUUGAGUUCAUCUAUGCACUCGAGCCGUUCGAGCUCACUCUCAGGCGCCAGGUUGCCCCAUUCAUUUAGCAACAUUCCUCUUUCUUCAAACUCUUGAAUGGCACUGUCAAUGUCCUCACGGUGUUUCUCAUGUUUUUCUCUGUUGCGUUUCACAAUUGCCUUCACGCGCUCGGGAUGCUGUGAUCCAGGUAACCAAACAGCUGCAUGGUCAUGGACAGACUGGUAAGUUGGGAAGUGGUUAGAUUUCAGCUGGUUUUCUGAGCGGUAAGGCACGUACAGUUUAAGCAAUGUGCCAUAAUACAGCUCUGGAUCUUUCUCAAGGGAAAUGGGUCGAUAUUUGAUGACAGCAUGUUUUUCAUCAUUUGCUCUCUUCUGGACAAACCCCAUCUCAUUCAGCAGGCGAUGAGUGUUUUUGCCUUUUGUCUGCUUGCCAUAGACUAUUCUGCAGCUCGAUGCAAAAUCCGCCAAGCACAUUGCCUCAAAGUCUGGUGUUUCUGGUCUGCAUACAUACUUAUCAGGUAACCCUGUCAUCCACACAUGUUCCGAUUCUGAAGGUUUGUUGUCCAGGUGUGACAAGGGGUAACUCAUUUUCAGUGCGUUGUCAUCCGUCUGCACAAACACCACGCUGCGUGAACACUGCUUCAUGUGUAGACCGCAUGCACGAGCCACACACUCCUGAGCGCUUACCUCUCUUUUUUUGGAGUAGGCCUGCAUUAUUUGUUUCAUUUCAUCGCUUUCGUUGACAUCUUCCUGACGUGAGUUUUGUAUCACCGUUUUGAGAUAUUCACUCAGACCAUGUUCCGCCUUGCUGAUGUAGCUGCACAUGUACAUGAUACAGGAGUAUGGGUUGAGAAUGAAUUGGAUAUCCAUGUUGGCAUUCCAGGCUUUCAGAAGGUAGGGAUUGUAGCCAUUUACCCAAACAUCUUUGGGACCACGCUUCAGCAUCACUUGACUGCCGUUGGUUUUGCUCUGCAAACACCUGUGGUAUUCUUCUUUGGUGAACUCACAUUUUGUCAAAAGCUGUUCAAAGCUGAGCGAUGCAGUAGUAGGUUCAUGAAGAAGCCUGUUCAGUGUUGCUAGCUUUUCUGUCAAUGCCAGGUCUGUUGCUUCAUCCACAAUUGCCCCCGGUCUGAUUAUUGUGGUUUCUGGGACAGGUUGUUUGGGAAAUCCGAAACGACAGUUUGCACCACUGUAUUUCACACAUGUCUUGGAGUGAUUUUUGCUGUGCAUCUGAACUUCUGUGACUAUUUUGUACAGUUCUGGGUCCUUGUUUUCAUCGGGCAGCUCAGCUUUGAUGAAUCUGGCCACAAACUUACACACCUCCUCAUCAGAGCAUUCUUCAAACACAGGUGCGCCUGCCACCCAUACCAUACCGUGAAUGUGUGGGCUUCCUCUGUGCUGAAACUCGAGCCGGUAAAAGUAGUCGACGACUUUGCCGAUAGGUUGUGCGGGGGACAGGAUCAGAUCUCUGAACAGUGCCUCGACACGUUUGUCAAACAUGCGCAUUGUGGUGACAGGAUUACUUCGCAAAAUCUCACACUUGGAGGACCAAUCCAGCUCUUCAAAAUUCACGUGUUCACCUUGCUGGGCUUUAAUUGCUGUGAUAACCCAUUUCCAACGCAUUUCUGCAGCACUGAAAGUUAGGAAGAAUUGUGGCGAGCCUAAAGCCCGAAUCAUCGCAAACAAGUCUUUGGUUGUUUUCUGCCAAUACGCCGGGGUGCCUCUCAGCGGUGUCAUGAAUCUUAUUGCAUCUUUGUUCCGCACUAGCCUUUCGACUUCUCGUUUGUUUUGCAACAUGGCACUUGUGAUUUUGCGGCCAUCUCGAGUAAGCGGUUUGCCUUUGCGCAGUUGUAUUCUCAUGCUGGAAGUGGCCAUAUGUAUUUCUGUCACAAAUUGAGCAAAAAACAAGUAGUUAGUAUCUUUAGCGAAACGGCCAUCGACACAGCAAAGCCUCGUUUUGAAGUAACUGCAGGGUGUUAAUUUCAGUGGCCUGUUAUCAUCCAGUGUAUUUUCACCAGUGGGAAACUGAACUGGGAAAGCCAUCGCCUCAAGUUUAGGUGUUCUGAAAAAGCUUGACGGUUUUUUUCCUUCAGCGGGGGCAACAGAGUAUAUUCCCUCACUAAAACUCAAAAUCUCCUCUGACACAUCACUUGGCUGCAGACAUGAUUCAAGGACAACACCACCGUUUGGUUCAUCACCCUCCAAGUUAUCAGACUGUUUCUCUGGCUCACAGCCAUUAUUACCUGACUGAUUUUCCAUAUGUUGUUCGUCGUUUUCGGGAAUGCUUUCUGCCUCACAGAGUGCAUUUUUCUCAAUACGGUCAAUCUCCAUCAAAUCUUCCUCAUCGUAAUCAUCAUCAUCCAUUCCGUCAUCCUCAUCACUGUCGCUGUCUUCAUUAUCAGGGAGAGUAGGGUCACAUGACUCAGCUUCAUCUCUGAUUGUUAUGUCUUUAUACUGGGGAUGGAUUUCUUUCAGUUUGAGCAGAGCUCUCACCAGCUUUGGCCAGGUCACAGUUUGGAACAGCUGAUGACCUUUGUAGCACAGUCGUCUCUUCAGCUUCACUCUCAUGACCUGAGAUUCACUCCUUAGUCUGGGCAAAGCAUUUACAGUUUCCUGUACUUCAGAUGGAACACACACAACAUUUCCACGGAUAGCUCUUUGUUGACCUUUGGGCAGUGGAAUAAUUUUAGCAAACGGUAUGCUUUUAGCUACAAGAUGACGUUCCAAAAUGUUCAAAUCACACAGUUCAUCUGGAAUAUCAGCAAGCUGUAAAUUAUUAGCCGUUGCGAGGGGAGGCAUCCCACCAACCUUAAGGUGAUCAUGGCAUGUGUAACAAAUCCACUCUCUCUUUCGCUCCUCUGGUACGGGGCACUGUUGUAAAUUUUCGCAUUCAUCACUGCAGACAUGAACAUAUGCACCAGUGAGACAAGCUGCAACAACAUGUGGCUCUUUGUCAUAUUUUGACCGAUUGCAGGGUCGCACUUGAUUCGGAAACAGUGCUCUGUGACAAACUGUGCAGACAUAAGUGGGUCCAUCUUUUACAUGUGAUCUGAAAAUCUCUAUGGCUUCUUUAAUCUGACUGUCAUCCAUGUCGAUUUGCUUUCUGUUUAAAUGUCUGUAUUUUUGUCUAAUCUUAAUUGCACAACGCAUGCUGUUGGUCAGUCUGGUUACAAGGUUGUUUCUGUAUUUGUCUCUCAUUAGCUGUCUCAUAGUUUGUUUGUGCCUCAUUCUGAAUGCAGGAUCAUUUGCGUAACGCUUUAUGAUAAACUGCCUUUGUUUGGUUCUGAAUGCAAAGUCCUGGCAAUAGCGGUGUGUUAUGUACAACAUUUGUCUCUGUUUAAACUCUGCAUCAUCUGCGUAUCGGCGGUUGAUGUAAGACCUUUGUUUCCCUUUAAACUCUGCAUCAUCUGCGUAUCGGCGGUUGAUGUAAGACCUUUGUUUCUGUUUAAACUCUGUGUCAUUUUUGUAGCGACGUUUGAUGUAGGACUUCUUCCUCUGUUUGACCUCUGGAUCCUGCCUGUACCGAUUAGCCAUAUAAGACUUUUUACGUUGCUGGUAUGAUCUGUCCUUGGCAUAUCGUUCUCGCUGUUUUUCAUUUUUGUCGAUUGCAACUUUUGUCUUCCCCUUUUGAGCUCUUCUUUUCAACUUCCUCCUUUCCUGUUUAUUACGUUUUGACUCUCUUGGCAGAGUGUGACUGUUAAAUUGUAUUUUAAUCUCAGAUUUCGCCUGGGGUAGACUGGACAUGUGAGGUUCUUGCUGCCUCGCUAUGGGAACAUCAUCUGCAUUCGACUCCAUAUGUGGCAAAUUUCCUUCCACUGAGGGCUCAUCCACAGUCUCAAAGAGCACAGGUGUCAGCUCAAAAUAAGAAUUUGGACCGGAGCCAACUGCACGGAAUAACGUCACAAGCUUUGUGAUCAGAUCAUUUAAAUAUGUGAAAAUAAAGACGACAGCUGUGCCACAACCAAAGCCAGCAGGAAAGCCAUCAGGCUGUCGAGAGUGUGGGUCAAAAUAGCCAUACUGCCCGCGUUGGUCUCGGAAAACAGCAAUGUACAUUGAACUCAUUAUCAACAAUGCGUAGUUCACCUCUGCGGACAAGCACUGAAGUACAUCUGCAAGGUUGUUGUUUAGCAAGGUAGGAGCUGUAAAGACGCCACUGACUGACUGACACUUUGUCAUUAUGUGCUGUUGUCUGUCACCAACAAUGAUUGGUGGAAGUUCAUCUAUAUUUAAGAAUCUAUCAACUUUUUGACCAUCAACAUCCAACUGACCGAGAGUUAGAGCAUACAUUGCAUGGCCUCUGUCCAAAACGAGAUCAAGAUCAGCAGUGUGGAGUUGUCCUAACUCAUGCAGAAAGGCCAGGAAAGUAGCACAGUUGCAGGAGCAUUGACUGUUCUUUGAAUCAGCGUAUGUAUCAUGCCCCUGACUGCGGGAAGCCAACACACGUGUGACAUUAGCAUUAGAAAAAUCAGGGGUAUUUACCUGUCCGCUGUUGUAAGGAUGAGGACUCACCACCCGUUGAUCAGGUACUCGGGACUCAGGAAAUUUCUGCCAGUGUAGCUUUUUGGCUUGGGAUCUCUUUCCUUUGCGUGGCAUUGUUCCUGGAAACAAUCAGUCGUAGUCUGUUGGUAGUAGUAGUGGUAGCAGUAGUUGUAGUUGUAGUAGUAGUAGUAGUAGUAGUAGUAGUAGUAGUGGUAGUGGUAGUUGUGGUGGCAGCAGAUACUUGGGAGUAACAACCAAUUGAGUUUUUCAAAUGCUGUCUGUCUGUAUCUACCAAUUAAGUUUUCUUGAAAAAUGCCUCAGUGUAUCAACAAAGUCAGUUUUAUCAAAGACACUUGGGAGUAUCAACCAAUUUAGCUUUUUAAAAGCUACUUAGAAAUAUCAACCAAGUAAGCUUUGACAAAGAUAAUUGGGAGAACAAACCCAGAGAUUUCUUUCAAAGGUGCUUGGGAGUAUCAACCAAGUGUGUGUGAGUGGUGCCUGGGAAUAUCAACCAGACGUGUUCAAGGGGUGCCUGGGAGUAUCAACCAGACGUGUUCAAGGGGUGCCUGGGAGUAUCAACCAGACGUGUUCAAGGGGUGCUUGGGAGUAUCAACCAAGCGUCUGUAAUAGGUUGGGAGUAUCAACCAACCUGAGAGAUGAAACUUAGGGAGAGAGAAAGAAGGCAGAGACAACAGACAGAGCAGGACGGAUGAUAGAGGGGUUGGGGGUUAGGGGAGGGACAAACAGGACGAUCCACUGGAACCUGGAAACUGGUACUCUUCUGCAGACCAAGGACCACAAAAAAGAAAAAUCAUCGUUACCUUUUGCAGAAUUAUACCAUACGAGAUUUACAAUAAUUACUACAUUUAGCUGUGUUCAUCUAUGUGACUAGGUUGACAUUUUUUAAGCCUAAACUCAAGCUCAUAUGCUAUUAAACAUGAUGGGCUAGUAACUGCUCUCUGCAUCUCUUAUUUCAAGGUAAAGACUGCGCGGUGCUCAGUUUAGUACAUAUUACAAAUCAGGUUAAUAUGCUAUGAUAUUGUACAAGUUUGACAAAGCAGCUGGUUCUCUCUCAAAAGUAAAUCCGCUUGGUUUCAGAAUUGCUGUGCAUGCUAGGGGACCUUAUGUGCCCUUGGGCUGGAAGCGCUCACACACAGAGUUAAUUUUUAUACCCAAAUGAUCAACUUAAAAAGUCAACGAUUUUUUCAUCCAUACUCAGAGUGCUCAACUCUUCUGUCAAUUUCACUUUAGAUUUUAAUAUCAGGUACUCACCAAACAUGCGCUGGAACCUCUCUCCGUCUAAAAGAGAAGACAGCAUGUUAGUGUCCUCUUCUCUGUCUCUCUCUAAAAGGCUGGAAAAAUUUUGUGUGCUCUAAGCUGUACAAUGCAUUAUGCAUUUCACCUGCACAGUUCACACCACAAACAAGAACUCUCACUUUAUUAAUAAUUUGAACAAAUCAGAUCACACAGCAUCCAUUCUGGUUUGAAGCUGACACAGGUGUUACAGUUUUAUUAAUUAAGACCCUGUACCUUUGACACAUUAUUACCUACAGGUGGUUUUAAUGAUCAUUUCAUGUCAAAAAGGCUGCUCAUAAAAUGGUCUAUACAGCCAAGAGCUGACUAAUGUCAGAUAUUGACAUUUCACUCUCUUAAAAAGCUCACUUGCCUAAGUCAGCACUAUUGCUGACUAAACAGCUAAAGUGACUAACCAACCAGUAAGGUAGACAUUAACAUUAGAGCAAAGGAGGCAACUGCGCUUGCUAAGGAUGUUCGUGUUAUGGAAAUCUGAGAAUUUGCUCAGAGCUGACAGUUAAUUGUUCAUACAACCAUGAAAAUAUAUUAACGGUUAGAGUCACGGAGCAUGGACUCUAAUUAGCCAGCAGUUAGCUGACUGUUGGUUGAUGUUAAGACCGUGACAGUUUAAUUUUUUCCCUUUUAUUAUAACAAUAUCACAAUUAUGCCACAGCAUCACAGAGAGAGAGAGAAUAAAACGGCAGGUUUUAAUAUUUAGGGGAGAAGAGACUGCGACUUUCUCUGUUAAUCGUCGUCGACCGUUAUCAGUUGCGGUGGCUGUAAGUUUCAUUACAGUUAGCUUUGGCGAAACAGGUGUAAUUAAUCUCACACGGACUUUGCUACGGCUUUCUGUAAUGUGAAAACUAAAUGAGACUUAUCACAUUAGUUUCCGGGAGUUUGAACACUAACUCGGUGUGCUAAACCGGCGAAUUAAACAUUAUUUGGGGAGAAGUGAAAGAGAUGCAGCCGCUUACCUCAAAGUCAGGAGUCAGAAGUAAUUAAAUAGCGUCACGUCCACCGUUGGUAGUCGAGGUGCAUUCAAGGACAGUCGGAAUUUCGACAGAGAGAGGUUUUUAUGUGUGUGUGUGUGUGUGUGUGUGUGUGUGUGUGUGUGUGUGUGUGUGUGUGUGUGUGUGUGUGUGUGAAAACGGUAAGGAGCAAAUAUUAUGCAAAUAUACGAUGGAUGACUCCUACAUGACGAUUUGAGAAUUAAAAUUUCCCACCGUCAUGUAAUGCACAGACACGUCGGUUGAAUCCUGCGGAGGAUUUUCAGACUACACACAAACUUGGCAUGUAACUUGUCCUAGUGAUAACAAUGAAGACAUUUUUGGCUCCACAAACACAGAAAUUGUAUCAACUUGUUCAGCCGGGACUUGUGGACAUUAUGGGGUCUAAUCAGGAUUUUUAUUAAUUUGAAUUUUCCCAAUUUUUCAAUCACUCAUUGAGUAUGCAUUGUUUUAUUCUUUAAACUCAUUGAAACUCAUUCAAACGGAUUCAAACCUUUCUGAAUCUUCAAAGCACUCAUACUUCCAGAUUAUGAUCAUUUUAAUUUUACCUGUUUUAAUCAUUUACACUAUUCAUGCAUUAUCAAAUUCUUGAAACUAAUUCCAACUCAUUUUAACUGAUUCAAACCUUCCUUAAUUUUCAUACCUGUCAUACUUCCGGAUUUUAAAUCAUUUUAAUUUUCCCGUUUUAAAUCAUUUUCAUUAUUGCUUCAUUAUUAAAUUUUUUCAAACGAAUUUCAGCUCAUUUAAACUGAUUCAAACCUUUCUGAUCCUUCAAGCCUUUCCCAUACUUCAGGGUUUUUGAACAUUUUUAUUUUCACAUUUUUAAAAAAAAUUGUUAUUCAUGCAUUAUUCAAUUCAUUCAAUGUGUUUAUUCAAGUUGAUUCAAAUCUUCCUGAUAAUUCAAACCUUCUUAUCUUUCACAUAUUUUCAAAAUUCAGCGAUUCGCAAUAGCAGCGUAGCGAUAGCGAUUUCAACUGAAGCAAUCCCACUCGCAAUUUCUUCAGAAAUUGCAUUUUCUAGUUGAGUGGGAUUGCGAAGCAUUCCCACUAUAUGUUAUUCAUAUCUUUAUUAUUAUUAUUCUUCCACCGUUUUUUGGACCGCUUCUCCUUCCACAUACUUCAACGUAUUCAAACCAUUCAAACUUCAAAAGAUUCGUCUCAUUCAGGAGAUUCCGGCUUGUAUUCAAAAAUUUCCUAACAUUCAUACUUUCCGAGAUAUUCCAGGUUUUCCGACCGAUUUCUCCCAUUGGAAAUGCAUUACGGAAUGUUCAAAUUGGCCCUUUUCUCACAUUUUCUUCACACAACUUCAAAAGCCUUCAACUCCUCUAUACUUCCACGUAGAAACUUCAUUCAAAAACCAAAAUAUUCACAAAUUCGUCAGCAUUAUUCCACAUCUUCAACAUUUUUAAUCCCAUUUGUACUUUUCAAAAUAUUAAGAUUUGUUUAAAACUUCGUUAUAAUGGGAUUCAAUGGGAAAAGGGCUUCAGACGUAGUCAACUUCAACCUCUUCUCAUUCAUUCAUACUUUCACCUAGAAACUUCAUUCAAACUUUAAAAUAUUCACACAUCUUCAGACAUUCACUCAUUCAUUCACCAUCUUCAUGGCAUUCAUACUUUUCUCACAGUGACAGUUCAAAAAGUCCAAAGAUUUUCAGACCUGUUCAGGUUUUAACAUUAGUGUGUAUUGCACGGAAUGUUGGCAGCUAGAGUGGGUGACCUCACAGCUAGAGUGAGACAGGCUGAAAAUUGAUCCUCAAAACUUUGUCUUUACAAAAGGAUUGUGGCAACUCACUUGGCUCUACACAGAUAAAAAUUGGUACAGUGAUGGCAAAACUUGCUGUCACUCUUCAUGUCAAAAAUCAAAGCCAUAGGACACACACAGUGGCCUGGGCAGACACCAACUGCCGCAGACAUCCCCCAGAUUUCUCCAGCUUUCUCCAUUGACUCCAAUAUAAACCUGAGAGGAGGAUUUUCAGAGGAAACACAAACUGGACAUGUUUUUAACUCGUCGUAGUGAAGGCAUUUUUGGCUCCACAGACACAGAAGUUGUAUCAACGUGUUCAGCCGGGUCUUGUGGUUCUCACAAGCUCAUUAUCAUGAAGAUAGCAGUUACAGAGGAUGAGAAAUAUGACGUUGUUUGGGCAUUACAUUCUCAGCCUCAAGCCUCCUUUCUCCUGCUGUUGUUAAGCAUCUAUCGUCACCAUGGCAACCAAUAAGAGCACCUGGAGACACACAGCUGGCUGGAAAGCUGCUUCUAACAGCCAUAUGAGACACAUGAAGCCAGGCUCAGUACACAGAGUACUGGGGGUUAAAUUUAAAACCCUUCAAUAGAGUUAUUUGACGAAAUUUGUCAUCUAUCUCUUGGCACAAACCUUGAGCUACAGAAACCAACCAGGGCUCAAUAAAUUCAGCUCAUUGAGGACAUUAUGGGGUCUAAUAAGGAUUUUUAUUCAUUUAUAUUUCCCCCUUUUUCAAUCAUUCAUUGAAAAUGCAUUAUUUAACUCUUCCAACUAAUUUACACUCCUUCAAACUGAUUUAAACCGUUUUGAUUCUUCAAACCUCUUUUUCUUCCAGAUUUGUAACCUUUUAAUUUUCCAGUUUUAAAUCAUUUUUUACUCUUAAUGCAUUAUUCAGUUCUUUCAAACAAAUUCCAACUCAUUUGAACUGAUUCAACCCUUAUUGACUCUUCAAGCCUUUCCCAUGCUUCAGGGUUUUUAAUCAUUUUAACUUUCACACAUUGAAUUUUCAAAAUUUAUUAAUGAUUUAGUCAAUUCAUUCAAUUGAGUUUAUUCCAAUUGAUUCAAAUCUUCCUGAUACUUCAUACUUUUUGACCUUUCACAUAUUUUAAAAUUCAGCCAUUCGCAAUAGCAGCGUAGCGCUAGCAAUUUCAACUGAAGCAAUCCCACUCGCAAUUUCUUCAGAAAUUGCAUUUUCUAGUUAUUAUUAUUAUUCCACCGUUUUUUGGACCGCUACUCCUUCCACAUACUUCAACGUAUUCAAACCAUUCAAACUUCAAAAGAUUCAUCUCAUUCAGGAGAUUCCGGCUUGUAUUCAAAAAUUUCCAAACAUUCAUACUUUCCGAGAUAUUCCAGGUUUUCCGACCGAUUUCUCCCAUUAGAAAUGCAUUACGGAAUGUUCAAAUUGGCUUCAAACUUCAAAAGCCUUCAACUCCUCUAUACUUCCACGUAGAAACUUCAUUCAAAAACCAAAAUAUUCACAAAUUCGUCAGCAUUAUUCCACAUCUUCAACAUUUUUAAUCCCAUUUGUACUUUUCAAAAUAUUAAGAUUUGUUUAAAACUUCGUUAUAAUGGGAUUCAAUGGGAAAAGGCUUUCAGACGUACUCAACUUCAACCUCUUCUCAUUCAUUCAUACUGUCACCUAGAAACUUCAUUCAAACUUUAAAAUAUUCACACAUCUUCAGACAUUCACUCAUUCAUUCACCAUCUUCAUGGCAUUCAUACUUUUCUCACAGUGACAGUUCAAAAAUUCACAUGAUUUUCUGACCGGUUCAGGUUUUAACAUUAGUGUGUAUUGCACGGAAUGUUGGCCGCUAGAGUGGGUGACCUCACAGCUAGAGUGAGACAGGCUGAAAAUUGAUCCUCAAAACUUUGUCUUUACAAAAGGAUUGUGGCAACUCACUUCGCUCUACACAGAUAAAAUUUGGUACAGUGAUGGCAAAACUCGCUGUCACUCUUCAUCUAAAAAAUCAAAGCCAUAGGACACACACAGUGGCCUGGGCAGACACCAACUGCCGCAGACAUCCCCCAGAUUUCUCCAGCUUUCUCCAUUGACUCCAAUGUAAACCUGAGAGGAGGAUUUUCAGAGGAAACACAAACUGGACAUGUUUUUAACUUGUCGUAGCGAAGGCAUUUUUGGCUCCACAAACACCGAAGUUGUAUCAACGUGUUCAGCCAGGCCUUGUGGUUGUCACAAGCUCCUGAUCAUGAAGAUAGCAGUUACAGAGGAUGAGAAAUAUGACGUUGUUUGGGCAUUACGUUCUCAGCCUCAAGCCUCCUUUCUCCUGCUGUUGUUAAGCAUCUAUCGUCACCAUGGCAACCAAAGGGAGCACCUGGAGACACACAGCUGGCUGGAAAGCUGCUUCUAACAGCCAUAUGAGACACAUGAAGCCAGGCUCUGUACACAGAGUACUGGGGGUGACAUUUAAAACCCUUCAGUAGAGUUAUUUGACGAACUUUGUCAUCUAUCUCUUCACACAAACCUUGAGCUACAGAAACCAUCCAGGGCUUAAUAAAUUCAGCUCACUGAGGACAUUUUGGGGUCUAAUAAGGAUUUUUAUUCAUUUAUAUUUCCCCCCUUUUUCAAUCAUUCAUUGAAAAUGCAUUAUUUAACUCUUCCAAAUAAUUUACACUCCUUCAAACUGAUUUAAACUGUUUUGAUUCUUCAAACCUCUUUUUCUUCCAGAUUUGUAACCUCAUAAUUUUCCAGUUUUAAAUCAUUUUUUACUCUUAAUGCAUUAUUCAGUUCUUUCAAACAAAUUCCAACUCAUUUGAACUGAUUCAACCCUUAUUGACUCUUCAAGCCUUUCCCAUGCUUCAGGGUUUUUUAUCAUUUUAACUUUCACACAUUGAAUUUUCAAAAUUUAUUAAUGAAUUAUUCAAUUCAUUCAAUAGAGUUUAUUUGAAUUGAUUCAAAUCUUCCUGAUACUUCAUACCUUUUGACCUUUCACAUAUUUUAAAAUUCAGCCAUUCGCAAUAGCAGCGUAGCGCUAGCAAUUUCAACUGAAGCAAUCCCACUCGCAAUUUCUUCAGAAAUUGCAUUUUCUAGUUACAGAUGGGGCCCAGUCAAGGUGAAAGUAAAAAGCAUUGGUGCAGGACUUGAGGUCAACAGUUUAGCAGCGCUACAACACGCAGCAGGUCCCGUUUGACAAGAAACACCUCUGUUACAGACACUUGGCUUAUUUUGUUUAAGUGGUUUACCUGACCAGCAGAAAGGUUACAGGGUCACCAAGAUCCCGAAGUGUCCCCAUCAUUGUUGACCUUUUUUUUUUAGCUCUUGUCCGGUCUACUUCCUUUUUAAACGCCUGUUAUUCUGCCAGAGUCUCUGGUAUUUACUACGUUUUCUUGCUUGUGUUGGCAGUCAUGGCCAAAGGAGGAUUCAGACAAUUUUCUGUACUUUCUGGUUGGUUUCUACUGUCCGAUACUGUAGCACGUUAACUUUGGGUACGUGAACGACAUAGGGGAGCAGCGUCUGCCUUACAACCAAUCAGGUUGGGGAGGCAGAGAACGGCUUUGUUUACAGUCAGAAAGAGCGGGCCGCUCAAAAACUUUAAAAUGUUGACUACACAGACAUAACAAAACACAGCGAUAUUGUUAUAUUCCCAAAUGUCAUCAAUAACUAGUAACUAUCAAUGAUAUUAAAAGCUUUUUUGUAUAUACACCACAAAAAAAAGAUGCUUCUGUAACAGAUUCCUGCCUACCCCACCUUUAAUCAGAUUUGUUUCGUCGUAAACAGGAACUUCCCAAGUCUGGAGUUUCAGUCCCUCCUCCCGGCCUCAUCUCUCAUGGCCUCGGUCUUCUGGAUGGUGGUCACCUGGUGCCUCUGGUUCCUCCCAGAUAUCCUUUCUCUGCAGGAAAGAAAACAGUCAUAAGUUACUCAGAUACUCUUGUUAGUGUUUUAUUUAAAGCAGGCCUUGUUUUGCUGAAAGGUUGUUGUUGAGACGAGGAGACUGAUUCCACAUUUACAUCAGGCUAAAUAGACAUGAGUACCUUAAAACGACCAUGAGAGACUUUGGCUUUGAGUGUAUCACAUUACUGUUGUUUAGUAAGCUUUCUAUCUAAUAUCAUGUUUUCAUCUAAUCUCUUUGGUGAAGCCAUAAAAUGAAGUCUUUCUUAACCUUGGACCCCCACAUGGACCCAGCGCUACAGUUCAGGUCCUGUUUACUCUGAAUGCCACUGCUCUGCUCUACUACUACCUCCGCACCUGCAGGACAGACCCCGGAUUUGUCAAAGCAACUGAAGAGGAGAAGAAACUGGUGAGAGGGACAUGAAACGCUUCACAAAAAAACUGUGUCAUCUAACAUUUGAAAAUGUUUGAGCAGCAAUGAGCGGAGUUUGUUUCCCCGUGUUGUCAGAAUGUGCUGGUGUUGGCUGAAGCUGGCUGUCUGGGGCCCAGAAUAUUCUGCACUUCUUGCAUGGUGAGUCGUGAACCCAAAAUCGAACAUUGUCCCAUCACCGCACAGUCAGAACAGGUCAUAAUUUUACCGCUUUGUUUGUAGAUUAAGAAACCAAUGAGGACAAAUCACUGCUUCAGCUGUGACGCCUGUGUGGCCAAGCAGGACCACCACUCCGUCUGGACCAACUGCUGCAUCGGUACAACAUACAAUCUUUAUUAAAUGUUUGAUUUGAGGAGCUCCUUAAGGGACAGGAUGCUCCACCCAACGUGUGUGACAGAGAGGUAUCGCAGGUCAUUCCUUCCUGCAGCUGUCAGACUCCACAACACAAACCUCAGUGUGCAAUAAGUCAUAUUAUUAUGUAUACUCUGUGAACAUGUAAAUAUGACUCAUAUACAUCUCUUUUUUAACUCUUAAGUUUCUUUAUCCUUUAAUUUUCUCUUUUUGUAUCAGUACUAUGCUGCUGUAAAUUUGGAAUUUCCCUCCGUGGGACUAUUAAAGGAACAUUUUAUCUUAGAUUCACAUUAAAAUAGAUGCAGUGAUGAGACACAGGGAUAUGUCACAAAUGUGCAAAGACUCAUUUAACCAGUCCGGUUUUAUUUCAACACAUAAAUGUUCUUGUAUGUAACUGGUCAUGGGUCUGUUUCUGUGGGUUUAAAGUGAGUAAAUCCCUCUUUUGUUUAUUACUCAGGGCUGAAAAUGAUAGAUUGAUGCCAUAAUACAGCUGAGAAUAUGUUCAAAUGUGGCUUUUUUCAAAACCUAUAACCUAUAAAACCUUAAAACCUAUCAGCUAUGCAUGGAUAAAAGUGAAAAAGUUAAACCUGAUAUUCAUCCUAGGAUGUAUAUUUUGGAUUUUUAAGGAGGUAAAAUGUUACAGUAGCAGUUAACUUGUGUUAAAAUACAAGCUCACACACUUAUGAGUCUUAAAGACAGUCAAAGACAAUCCUUAAUCCCUAAUGAGGUGUAUUUGUUCGCUUCCAGGUGCGAGGAACCAUCACUACUUCAUCCUCUUCCUGUUCUCCCUCAUGAUGAUGGGCGUCUGGAUGUUCUACGGUUCUCUCAUAUGUGAGUGACUCAACAAACAGCAUAACAACAGUAUUUCACACAGUUUAAUCUCUCCUGGAUAUAUGUCAGACUGUGUUUUGUGUGUGUGUGUUACAGACUGGUCGACCCACUGCACUCUACAUUACGAGGAGCAGGGUCUGUGGGGCGUGGUUUCCGCCCUGGUUGGCUGCUCCCCCUGGGUGCUCUGUGUCUUCAUUCUGGCCUUCUAUCACACCUGCUGGUCUAGUUUGGUCCUGCUGCUGCAGCUCUACCAGGUCAGUGGAGACUGUUUCCUGAUUUUGAACAGCUCUAACAGAUUAAAACCAAGGUUAUUCUGGGAUUAUAAUGCCACAUAUCAUAUCUUUAAAAAACUGCUUUUUUAUGUUCCUGUUUGAUUCUCUGAUAAAAUUUUCAGUCCAACCGUAAUCACACCUGGCUUUUUGGUCCUUAUAUGAUCCCAAAUACCCAAAAAUAAACACUCUUGGCUGGCCUGAGAGUCUAAACCUGUCUGUGGAGUCUGAACCUAUAGAGACAGUGUGUUCAAUCUCUCCCUGUUGACUGUCUGCUGAUCUCCUGGGUUUAUACACACACACACACACACACACACACUUCCUUGAGAGGACUGAUGUUUUUCCUUGGUGUCGGAGCAGAUUGCCUUCCUGGGAUUGACCACAGCAGAGCGAACCAACCUGACACUCCACCAGAUGAAACAAGGGAAAUCUGCCUCUCUGAGACAAAACCCAUACAAGUGAGUUCAAACCAGUUCAGAGCACGACCUUUACAUGUUUGUAUGAAGUUGUUUUUAAAUGUUCUUAUUUACCCUAGCAUCAGAUUACAUUUAUCUUUGAUUGUAAACAUAAUAACAUACUAGUUUUGAAAUCUUGCUGCGACUCUUCUUGUCGUCUAUAAACCAUUUUAAAUCAGCAAAUCUUGGAGGACUGAUCUCUCUGAAGUUGGUGACUGCUGUGAUUAUGAUACAGAGAAAACUUGAUCUCUUACAUCAAUCUUAUCUGAGACAAAAGGGCAAUCAGUUGUCUGAGAAGUUGUAAUCAAAAUUCAGUCUCUGAGGGCGUCGACUGUAAAUCAGUUUCCUGACCUUGGAGAGAAAAUCCCUCAGGCAUGAAUGUGUUUGCAUGAAAAUCAAGACCUUGAAGGUAGAGGUUUGAUUUUCCUGUUCCUGGAGGUUUACUGUGAGCGUGAAAGGAAUUAUUCAUUAUAAAGAAUAACAUAACAGUGCAGAGACCUUUAGACGUUUGAUUCAGUUUAAUGUUUAAUAUCUUUAAUAAAAAUGGACGAAUUUAAUGCCUCUGAUCAAGAGAAAUUCUUGAGAAUAAGAAUCUGAACAGUGUACUUAAAGGUAGGUCCUGGAUUCCUCUUUAUAUACUGUUAUGACACUGUAUGCUGUCGGUCCACGAUACCAAACCCCUGAUUUUUGAGCUGGUCUUGAUACGUCCCUGAUCCCCUCUCUGCAGUCUGGGCGUGGUGAGGAACCUGGUCUCCUUCUUCCAGCUGCGCUGCUGCGGCCUCUUCAAACCGGCCAUCAUCGACUGGACGCAGCAGUUUCCCCCGAGCCGUGAUCAGAACAUGUUCGGACACACCGACCUGGUCUGA